AUGGAAUUUCAGGCUCAUAAAUUUCAGUCUAUAAAGACAAUUUCAGCUGCUUAUAUUGCAGACUCUUCUUUUCGGCCAAAUAUUUCUAGCCAAUGCCAACUCAUUUCGACAGGUGAAUGGGUCACAGCACAAGUCCAAAUAACUGCUCAUCACAAAGGAUAUUUCGAAUUUCGUCUGUGUCCAUGGGACAAACCAUCCGUUUCAGUCGCGACUUGUAAGAACUGGUACGUUCUUCAUACUGCAAGUCCAGAAGAUACCAGAUGGAUCCUCCCAGAAAACGGAAAUCAAAUUUACAGUGUCCCUAUAAAACUCCCUGAUGGCGUGGAAUGUAAUCAAUGCGUGUUGCAGUGGAGAUAUCACACUGGAAAUUCCUGGGGCUGUGAUAACAAUGGCGCCUGCUGCGUUGGUUGUGGAGAUCAGGAAGAAUUUUAUGGAUGCGCCGAUAUCUCUAUCGGAGCUAGUUCAACCGAAGCCUCUUCGACUGCUAAAACUAUUACAACGAGUUCGCCUUUGCUGUCUUCUAUCAUGAGUACUACAACAACAACGCCAACUACUACAGCAACUAAGACUACAACAACAGUUAGUUCAAGUGAGGCUAUAUGUGAGACUAACGAAACUGGACGGAAAAUGAAAGACUGCACUUCGUUCUAUACUUGCUUGGGAGUAGUAGCCUAUGAAUAUCAGUGUUCUUUAGGGACUGUCUGGAAUCAAGAGAGGCAAGCAUGCGAUCACCCCUACAACGUACCUCCUGAUUGUGUGACAAAGGGUGUAUAA